AAUGCGUUGGACAGUGCCGGGGAAACUGCCCCCCACCCAGCUCCCGUGCCUGGUGUUGGUUCUUUGCAGGACUAACAGCUGAUUCCAUGUCUUUGUUCAGAGGCAAAGUGGGCCAUGUAUAGGAUGGGAGCCGAGGGAGGGCCUUCCUAGCAAGAAAACAGGGCAUGGCAGAAGGAGAGGAAGGGGCUGAUGCCCGAGGGCCACCUGUCCGCCUCUGGGUGCGACGGACAGGCGUCUAUUGCGAUGAGGACCAGGAAACAUGGCUGGUGGCAUCCGAAGAGGCAAGAGACAGGUACACUGAAAGCCCGCAUCAGAAGAGUCCAGGUCCCCCUGGGUGAGGCGGUGCGCCCCAGCCGCCUCCCUGCAUCGCAGCUGCCCCACAUGUGGCAGCUUUCGGAGGGGCAGCAGUACCGGGACAGUAACUCCCGCAUCUGGGGCAUCGAACACCACUUGAUGAUCACGGGAGUGGAGGAGCUGCUCCUAAAACUCCUGCCAAGUGAUUAAAUCUGGAGCUGCGACUCUAGGAUUGUGUCCUUGUCUGAGUUCUUUUUUUUUAAAUGUAACUCCCAGCACUAAAAUGCAGCUG